UUUCGCGAACGUAAACACGGGAGCCACGACGUGUUUUCUGGAAAAGGAUAAGUUUUUACCGUUUUUUGAAUAGGGAAAUUGUAAAAUAGGUAAAGGAUGUCCUUCAGACGUCCUCGUGUGAAGGCAUCAGCCAAUUUAGUACUCAAACGCCCAAAUAAAAGUGAGAAAAAGCCUGAAAAUACUGUGUCGAUUCCUAAGGAUGAAGUUCCUGAGAGUCCCAGGAAGAGCCAGAAAAAUACUCAACCUCCGGAAAGUGUUAUCCUGCUGAAGACACAUAUUAAAAGUGAACCUAUUAAGAAGGAACGAUCUCCAUCUCCACAAAAUUUCCCGGAGGAAGGAGAAAGUGGGAAUAAUUGGGAGCAUGAAGAAGUGUUCAAGUCCCCAGAUCCCAUCCCUGUUCCCCAGAAGCCUGAUGUAUUGCCCGAGGUGGAAAGGGAAGUUCCUAUUGGUUCGUUAUCUCCCACAAAAAUUCGGCAAAGGAUCAGGCCAACACCUUUCUUUGGACUGUCCAGGAGAAACAGUACUCACGAGAGUGACGACGAAAGCCGGCGACAGAGGGGUUCUGUUCCUCCGGAUAGUCCUUCAAUAGCAUCACCCAUGACCCCUCAGAUGCCCAAGAUGCUUCCUGGACCGCUUGGUCAGAGAAUCCGGACAGAAUCAACUUGCUCAACAAUGUCUGACGCCAGUCAAAUGAGGGAUGGUCAGAAGAGGAGAAACCAAAAAGCCGAUGAGACUUCGAAGACUAAUGAACUGAGAAAGGAAAUUUCCCAUCGGAUGGCCAGUGGGAAAUAUCCGGAUAAAUCCCGAUUGACAAUGUUCGACAUGAUUUACUACAAUCCCAGUUCGAAUCCCAUGAAGAGCCCAGCAAAAAAAGACAAAACCAAGACCACUCCGGACAGGAGAUUGAGUGUCUCGAGUGUUGUCAGCAUUUCCUCCACAAAAUCCGACAGAAUGCCGAGUGACAGCGUGGAAAAAUCCCCUCCAAUAGUUCCUGAAAUCCGCAUCAAAGAGGAACCUGCAAUGCCAGUGCCUCAACUCAAGCUAGGACCCAACGGAGAAAUGAUCCUGGACGAAAAGAGUUUAGUGAUUGAGACAACAGGAGACCGGGAAGCAAGGGAAACCCUCGCAAAUGCCAGCAUUGUCUACGACGAUGAAUACAGCUCAAACAAUGGAUUCUACAAGAGGCAGGCCAGGACCAAGGAUUGGUCAGACAAUGAGACCAUCAUCUUCUACAAAUGCCUCCACACUGUCGGAACGGAUUUUUCUCUAAUGUGCACUCUCUUCACAAAUCGAUCCCGACGGGAUCUCAAGCUCAAGUUCAAGAAAGAAGAGAGACUCAAUCGAGCCCUCGUUGACAAGGCUCUCAUGUACCCCAAGAGCUUCGAUCUCGAUGAAUUGAGGAAGGAGCUGGAGAAGAGCGCGCAGGAAAAUGCAGCAGCAGCCAAGGAUGAGAAGAAACAGGCUGUGGCUGAGAUGAAGAAGGAACGGAAGAAUCAGAGAAAGGAAAAAUUCAGCUCGAAGAAGCGCCCCCUUCGAAAUACAAGUCGCAUGCAGAGGCAGCUCUCGGACGGAGACUUUGCCUACAAGUUCGAAGAAAUACUCUCAAGGCCCAGGAAGAAGAAGAGGAAUGAAUCAAAGAGUGAGUCUAGUCAGAAAGAAUCCUCGCUUCCUGAACAGCCAGCUGCGUCACAAAAUGCUCAAAGUUUUGAAGAAAAUAAGGAACAAGUUGAAAAGGAGCAAAUGAGAGAGGAUCAAAUGGAAGAGGACCACGGGCAAGGACAAAUUGAAGUGGUGCAAAUUGAAGAAGAUCCAGUCCAAGAGGAACAAGUUCAGGAAGAGAUUCCAGGCCAAGAGGCUGCGGAAGUGUACCAGGAGAUUGAAGAAAUUGUGGAAGAGACUGUUUUGUCUUCCGAAGAGCAAUAUUUUGAGGAAGAUAUCAUGAAUUAUGAUCACGAAGAGGAAAUUCUAGCAAGUCCGGAACCUGAAAAUGAUUUGCCAAAUAUCGAUCUCAGUAACCUCGUUAUAGUCCAGGAGGCUGACGAAGGAACCGUCAGAUACAAGAUUCAUCUGAGAUUAUCCGAAGGAGUCAGUGAGAAACCUUUGGAUUUGCCACAGGACAUUAUCAAUUGCAUUGUAGCGGCGCAUUUAGGUCAAAAAAUAUAAAUUUUCUUUAUAAAAUAAAUUAUUCUUCA